AUGAGAUACGCCAAUGAGACCCUGCCCCAUGUCCUGUGCAGCUGCAAGCCCCACUCCAGAGCCUGGCAGCUGCGCCACAACGCCAUCCAGAACCGCCUGGUGAAAGCCAUCGCACCGCGCCUGGGGGAGGUCGCCGUGAACUGCGCCGUCCCCGGUACCGACAGCCCGCUGCGACCCGACGUAGUUGUCACCAACGAAACCCAGAAAAAGAUCAUCCUCGUCGACAUCACGGUCCCCUUCGAGAAUAGGUCCCCGGCCUUCCGAGAAGCCCGAGCUCGGAAACUGGAAAAAUACGCCCCUCUGGCCGACACCCUGAGAGUGAAGGGCUACGAGGUGCAGCUGGACGCCCUGAUCGUCGGAGCCCUGGGCGCUUGGGACCCCUGCAACGAGCGUGUGCUGCGGACCUGCGGGAUCGGUAAACGCUACGCACGGCUCAUGCGGCGCCUCCUGGUCUCGGACACCAUCCGAUGGUCCAGGGACAUCUACAUCGAGCACAUCACCGGCCACCGACAGUACCAGGAGGAGGGAGCCGGUACGACCUUGUGCACACACUGUGGGAAAGAGACUGAGAGGCCUUCCCCACCGGACCGUAUGAACUGGAACCGUAAUCCCACUGAACAUUAAACCCCUCCAAUGAGGGUAGACCCAUCCCCACCCCCAUAUUCACUCACUGUACCCAGCAUACUGAACAUAGCCGUUGUGUGGAUAACUUACCCCAUAUCUCGAUGUCUGUACUCUGACCGGUUAAACUUUCCCCCCAGUCGGGGAGAUUGCAGAUUAUUAUGUGAUCCUUGUUCCACCAGCUCCUAAAUCGCAUUUUGUACCCCUUGAUAAUCUGUACCUUAUCCC